AUGGCUUCUUCAACGCGUGCGCCGAUGCCCUCAUAUCCUGGAACUAUUCUUCCAAUACACGACCAUCCGGCCUGGAAGCACUUAUCUGGCACGACCAUGGAAACUACAACUACCAAGGCGCCCCCAGCUCAAGUCAAAGAGACUACUGUAGCAGACAAACGGCCUAUUGUGGCAGCAGAGGAGCCCACCACAGCAACCAAGGUGCCUACUGCGGCAACCAAGGAGCCGAAGAUUUAUGUGCCGACGGGCAACAAAACGUUGAACAGGUUUUCCGACAUCACUACAAGCACGAGACGCUCCUCGUAUGCGUCCACCACGAAAUCACAGCUCCGGCAAUCCAACCAGAAGCUCUUUGAAAUGCUCCAAAACGUUCAGACUGAGCUUGCUACACACCGCGCUAUCAUGCAUGACUUACAAACACGACUAUCGUUUAUCGAGCAGGACGCACCUACAAUGGUUGAGGAUUGUGCACCCGAAAUUCUCUCGCCAGCAGAUGACCUCAAACCUCCGCAAAGACCACCUCCACCACCGCCUCCAAGACGUACCAGCUCCCUCAUACCGCCAGGAAGGGAGAGCCAAAGUUGGUGGCAGGCAUGUCAGAACUUUGCCGAGAAUUGCGAGACGCCCUUCGACGCACAAGAGUUCUUGAAAACUUCUGCUCGCUUUGAAGACUUUGACUUUCACUUUGGCGGUCUUUCUACAGGCGGAGAAUCACAUCCACCAUCACCAAUAGAGAUUAUAGUAACUCCCGCCCUCUCACCCAAGUCAAAACGUCAACCAUCUGAAAACGAUGGACCAAGGUUACCAAUUAUUCUCUCUGAACGUGCGCCUCGGACAUCGAGCCUGACAGUGGAAGAUGAAGAAGAGCGGGAUAGCAUUAUUGAGCAGAUCGUGGAGUUCAGGAGGCCAGCAGUACUUCGUCCGUUGUUGCUUCAUCCACCUCCCAGUGGCAGGACUGCUUCCUUCUUGAGUGUGGAAGAAAUCACAGCAUUGCCGGACCUACCACCCGUUAUUGAGAUCGCGAACGACUCUCAGCGCCACCGCAAGGGCAUCCGGAGCAUCUCUUCGAAAUGGGCGUCACUGAAGGGCAGAUCGGCCGAUUCAGGCGACUACCGAAAGGGUUUCUUCAGCAUGCGGUGA